AUGGCUUCCACCAUUCUAUGUUCAACCAUAAACAUGAUCCACCACUUGGAUUAUCUCAUACUAAAGCCUUCCUGUUCAUCAUCAACAUCAUCACCAUCAUCAUCCAAUCUAUGUGCCACUGAUCAGCAAGAUCUCAAGAAGAUGAAGGAAUUGCUUAAGGGAAUCCAAGAACUUCUCAGUGAUGUUGAUGAGCAAGCAUGCAACAAUGGAGAUGCUCAAAGUUGGCUGAAGGAGCUCAAAUCUGCUGUCUAUAAUGCUGAAGACAUACUGGAUGAUCUUGAUAUUGAACUUCAUCAAUGUGGAGUGGAGGUAUGCAGUUUGACCCCUUCUCUUGUGUUUAGUAUCAAAGAGAUGAUUGAGAAGUUAGAUGAUAUUUCACAUAGAAAAGAGUCUCUAAGCUUGUCACUAAGGGUAGGUGAGAGAUUUCAUUUGUAUGUCCCAAAUGUAGACCAUUCUGUUGUUUAUGGGAGGGAAGAUGAUAGGGAGAACUUAGUUGAAAUGUUAUUGUCUGAAGGACCAGAUAAGUUUAGUGUUCUUCCAAUUGUGGGUGUUCCCGGUGUUGGGAAGACAACCUUUGCUCAAAUGGUGUACAAUGAUUCAAGGGUGUGUGAGCAUUUUAGAGCAAGGGGUUGGGUUCAUUUUGCUGAAGAUUUCGAUGAAAUGAGGCUAAUCAGAGCAGUCAUAGAGUCUGUAACACUAACAACUUGCUUUUCGUAUGGAUUGGAUUCCCUUCAAGGAAAUCUUGAGUAUGUGUUGAGUGGGAAAAGGUUUUUUAUUGUUUUAGAUGAUUUCUGUUCUGAGAAACAAAGCCUUUGGGAGAGUUUACGAGUUCUAUUAGAUGUCGGUCUAGAAGGGAGUAAAGUUGUUUUAAUCACACAGGAUGAGUUGCUUUCGGAGUUAACCCAAUCAACAUUGUUCUUUCACUUGGAAUGUUUGCCUUAUGAUACUAGUUGGCUUCUAUUUCAGCAUCAUGCAUUUGAUUGUAUGCAAACUAACGUUAGUCAGAACUUGAUAGCUAUUGGGGAAAAGAUUGUCAAAAAGUCUAGUGGCGUGCCUUUGUUAGUGAAGAUGUUUGGAGCCCUUCUAUGGUCUGAAACAAAUGACAUGAUGUGGAAUUCUAUCUUGGGAAGUAAUCAAACAGCAUUUGAUAUUUUUUCUGCAGUAAAAUUGAGCUUCUAUCAGUUACCAGUGCCAUUGCAAGUGUGUCUGAAAUAUUGUUCAUUGUUUCUUAGAAACUAUCUAUUCAAGAAAGAUCGAUUAGUCCAUCUCUGGAUCGCACAAGGAUUUGUUCACCCUUUAGAUGGCAAAACAUUAGAAGAAACAGGAUUUGAGUACUUUGAUGAAUUAUUUAGAAGGUCAUUCUUUCAAUUCUCAUAUAUGGAUCAGCAUACAUUUGUGAUUCAUCAUCUCAUUCAUGACUUCAUACUAUCUAUUUCAGAAAAAGAAUGCUCUAUUUUAAACUGUGAAAACAUCUGCUCCAUUCCUAAGGAAGCUUGUCACUUAUCGAUGAUCCCGAAAGAUAGUCAUACGGUUGUUGAAUUCCAGACCUUAUCUGAACCUACUGCACUGCGGACAUUUCUGAUCGUUAACAAAUUUCUAGUUAUCAAAAAGCCAGAACAUGAAUGGGAUUUUCACUACUAUCUAAACAAUCAUCUCUUGCAUGUUUCAUUGCCAAAUGAUUUAUUUCUGAUGUUGCAAUGCUUACGGGCACUGGACUUGAGUGACAUUGGUAUCAGUAGUUUGCCAGAUUCAAUAGGCCAUUUGAAGAGCUUGCGCUUUCUCGGUCUCAAUAAAACCAAUAUCAGAAGGUUGCCGGCAUCGAUUUGCAAACUUCACCACUUGCAAACCUUAGAAUUGCAGGAUUGUCUUGAUCUUCGAGAACUACCAAAGGAAAUUGCAAGACUAAUCAACCUACACCAUCUUGAAAUUCCAAAAAGCGUUAGAUUCGUUCUUCUUCCUUGCGGAAUCGGUAAGUUAACAAGGCUUCAAACAUUACCAGUCUUCUAUGUGGGAAGAAACAUUGAGCAUUAUGUCAUCAUCGAGAUGAAGCACUUGGAGAACAUCAAAGGGGAGCUUCACAUUGCAGGGCUCCACAAUGUCUUGAAUGCUGAAGAUGCAAAGGAAGCCAACUUGGUGGGAAAACAGUAUAUUGAGAAGUUGACUCUAGAAUGGUCUUGGAAAUAUGAUGACUUGCACAGUGAGGGCCUUGAUCGAUGGACGUUGGAGGAUUUCAUGCUUCAUGGAGUAGAAGUUGAAGAAAGUAACGUGACAGCAAUGCUGCAAGAGCAGUAUCUCGGGGAAUGCAAGGCGUCAGUAGUUUCUCAAGACUCAGAUGACACAUGGAUUGAAAGAAUCGACGUACAAGCUCGGUCUGUCGACCCAAAGAAAGCAAGGAAGAAGACAAUAUGGCGCAACAGAAAAGUUACUGAUUUUCAAGACAUGGUUUUUGAGCACCUCCAGCCUCACCAGAACGUUCAAGAGUUAGUCAUACUAUUUUACAAAGGAAGUAGUUUUCCAAAAUGGUUGGGAAACAGUUCCUUCUCUAAAUUGGUGUCAAUCACAAUGAAAGGUUGCUAUAACUGCAAAGUUCUGCCACCACUUGGACAGCUUCCAUCACUGAAGUCUCUUUGCAUUGAAGAUUUUGUGAAGGUGAAGCGGAUUGGUGCUGAGUUCUAUGGUGAUAAAAGUGUGUGCAUUGUUCCAUUUCCUUCACUGCAGACACUAGAGUUCAAUGGAUUGCGCAGCUGUGAGGGAUUCAAUGGAGUGGGACUGCAGCAGAUUGCAUCACUUCAAAGUUUGAAGAUACAGAACUGCCCUAAGCUGCAAUUUUCUGCAGCCCAAGAAAUUCCUCCAAAACUAUGGCAUUUGGAGAUAGUGAAAUGUCCAUUGUUGAUAGAGUGGUGCCAUGCACAUGAAAGCAGCAAGUUGGCUAAUAUCAAGCAAUUGAUCCUCAACAAGAAGGGCUACUAUCCAUUUGGUUAA